UCUUCUGCUCAGUUUCUCAAUUUCACACCAACUGUACAAAAAUGAUAAAGGUGAUAACUUUGUUGCUGCUUUUACAGAAUGCUGCAUCUGGAGAAAAAUAUUACCUGGAGUCUAAUCGUUUCCUGCGUCCAGGAGUUCCCAAUUUCCCAGAGUAUGCAGUAAUGAUUGUACUUCAGGGUUUUUUAGCAACUUACUAUGAUGAAAAUGUAAUGCAUGUCAAACAAGACUGGAUGAAAGAGUAUGUAAAAGAGAACACAAAGGAGUGGGAAUCCUCUGUCCAGGCAUGCUUGGCAUACAAAGAUUUACUCAGAGAUCAGACUAAGAAUUUUAAUACACAGUCAAACCAGUCAGAAGGCAAGGAAAUAAUUCAGCAAAUUUUUGGCUGUGACUGGGAUGAAGAAACUAAUAAUACUUUUGGUUAUAUAAAGUUUGGUAACAACGGAGAAGACUUUAUGACAUUAGACACAAAGACAUGGACUUGGAUUGCAGCAAAUCCAAAGGCAGAGGUCAUAGCAGAGGAGUGGAAUGCAAACAAAGCCUUUUAUGAGAUUGCAAAGUACUCACUCCAAAACAAGUGCCUGCCAUUGUUAAAAGUAUUUCUGAGAUAUGGAAAAUCUUUUCUGAGCAGAAAAGUUCUUCCCUCAGUGUUUCUGCUCCAGAAGUCUCCCUCCUCUCCAGUCACUUGUCAUGCAACGGGUUUCUUCCCUAACAAAGCCAUGAUGUUCUGGAGGAAAGAUGGAGAGGAGAUUCAUGAAGGGGUAGAACAUGGAGACCUUCUUCCCAAUGAUGAUGGAUCCUUUCAGAUGAGUGUCCACCUGGAGGUUCUGGCAAUCCCACCUGAAGACUGGGGGAGAUACGAAUGCGCAUUUGAACUCUCUGGUAUGAAAAAUGAUGUCAUUACCAAACUGGACCAAGAUUCAAUCAGAAGCAACAAUCCCAAAACUGAAGGUCUAUUUAUGACAAUCAGCAUCGCUGUCAUUGCUACGAUGGGAUGUGUUAUUGUCAUCAUCAUUGUUGCUUUAUCAUUCACAGCUUUCAAGAAAAGAAAUGUGACAAACAUUAGUGACACAGACAGAUCUUCUACACCAUCCUCUGAAACAGCCUCUCUUUAAGAAAGUGAUACAUAAUGCACUUCACCACGAGGAAUGCUGGACUUGUAUGACACAAGUCCAAAUGUUCUGUUAACGGCACAUAAAAUCUACAGGAAAUUCCAGGAUCCUGUUAAAUGAAGAUUACUGUCAAUAAUUUGAAGUAGGGGUCCCCAAAAUCGGUCCUCAAGGGCCGGCAACCUGCGUGUUUUAGUUUUUUCCUUGGUGGUAGUGACAACCUUUUCAUCAUAUCAGUUUUCUUCUCAGGCCUCUAACAAGCCAUCAUUUGGUCCAGGUGCGUUAAAUCAGGGAGAACUAAAACAUUCAGGAUGCCCGCCCUCGAGGACUGACUUUGGGGACUCCUGUAAGGAGCAGACUUAACAUACUAAAUGGUGUGUUUUUUUUUAUUUUAUCAUGUCUGAAAGUUUUGAAUAGCUCUAUGUAUGUUUACUCACAUUUUACAACUAUAUUGCACAAUAAUAUUUUAAAAUUAUGCAUCUGCCUUUCAUAAAGCAAACAAAAGCAUACAUCAUAUAGGCUAAUGAACGUCUGUAUUUUUCUCUAUCAAAUAAUAUCAGAGGCUAUCUUUGUAGAAGGUUCUACCAACAAAUGACAGAGAAAAACCUUCUUAGGUUUUAUCUAAAAAAACAGAAAGAAAGAAAUAGUUCACUGAAACUAGAGAUAAGGUUCUGGUUUCUGUUUUAGUGAAGAAAUGCAAAUAAAAUCAAGUCUGAGCCUGAACAACAUUCUAGACUGUAAAGCAAACAGAAAUUUAUAUUUAAGCACUUUGCUGAAAAUAAGCCAGCUGAAUAACUACAUGCCUUGUUAUUAACAUUUUACCCUA